AAUAUUAUUUUCGGGGAGGCAGAGACAUACGGAUCACGUCUCGCCAUCCCGGGGAGAAAACACCGCUUUUUGUCUGUGUGUAUCACUGAAACUUGUCCGGCGGAAGUUGGUGUUCACGGGCUUGUCACAAAAGAAAUGGCGAGUGGUAUCGGCAAACACAAGAUACUGAAUGUGGGGCCAACAGAGCCCUGGUCAGUCAGGGAGAAAUUGUGCCUGGCCUCCUCUGUUAUGAGGAGUGGCGACCAGAACUGGGUGUCUGUAAGUAGAGCCAUCAAGCCUUUCUCAGAACCUGGACGUCCACCUGACUGGUUCUCACAGAAGCACUGUGCCUCACAGUACUCUGAGCUGCUGGAGGCCACAGAAGCACCCAAGCGUAAGCGCGGUGAGAAGGGUGAGGUGGUUGAAACCAUUGAAGAUGUCAUCGUUCGCAGGCUAACCACCGAGAGGAUAGAAGAGCUGAAAAAAAUACUGCGAGACACACAAGAGCAAUACAGGAAGUUGAAGAAGGAGGUGGAUCUCAUACAGACGGGUCACAUGGACUCUCAGCUGAAGGAGCUGUGGACAGAGAUCACACUAAAGAAGAAACAGGAUGAGGAGGAAGCAGAGCAGAAGAGGAAAGCCACAGAAACAGCAUACCAAGCUCGUCAGGCAGUGAAAAACACCCCUAAGCGUCUGCCCAGUGUGACUGUACGCUCUCCCCUGGGUGCCAGCCCCCCUGCCAUGGACUCUCAGGCUGAUUCUUCUGUCCCCACGCCACCCAUGGACACCGGAACUGUGCCCUCCGAUGACACCACCACCCACUCAGUUGCCCAGGGGGUUGGAGUGUUUCUACCAGCAGCAGAUGCUCCAGGCCCAGGGCCCAAAGAUGGAGGUCUGGCCGCUCUAGUAGAUGAUUCACCACAAAAGAGGCUCAUACCUCAGAAGGCCACACCGCCACCCUCACCUCUCCUGUCAGAACUGCUGAAAAAAGGCAACCUCAUCUCGUCCAGCCCCCGCCUGGUUGGGGAGGGAGACUCUACUGGAAGCCUCACCAAUGGUGUACAGACAGCCACCGCGGUCACUGCCUUACCACCUCGUCAUGAAGUCAUCACAGAAGGUGAAGCAGAAGCUGCAGUGAAGGCAGAGCUUGGUGAGGAGACGGGAUUAGUAGAAGAGGACCUUGUAGCUGUGUCUUACAUGGAAGACGAAUUGGACCUGGAGACAGUGGGAGACAUCAUUGCUAUCAUAGAGGAGAAGGUCGAUGACUCAGUGGAGGCCCUGGAUGCCGCAGCAGUGGAAGCUGCUCUCUCUUUGUGUGAAGAAGCUGUCUCAGAAGGACACACUCUCCCUGGCCCCUGGGAGACCCAGGAGAUCAAGCCUUCAGACCCUGCAUCCACAGUCCAAAAUUCCAAUCCCACACAGGAGCCACAGGAUGUGGCCACGGUGUCUACCCUGAUCCCUGCAGACAUGGAGUCCCAGAAUCAGCCAGAAACUAAAGGAGAAGAGCAGCUCAAGGGAAACUGUGAAAUACCUGAGGUGACAGGAAGCGAUGUCACCUCUUCAGUCACCUCUGAUGACGUUGCUACAGGAAGUGAGGUUACUGAGGAGGGGCAGGUGGGGAAGGAGAUCACUGAAGCAACAGUCAAGAGUGAAGGAGAGGAAUGGAGCCAGCCGGAGCCAAACCCACCUUGUCUAGACUCUGAGGACAGCUCUGUGUCGGGGAAAGAAUCCAAGGAGGUGAAGGAGGAGGAAGCGGGGAGUGAGGGUGACCCAGAAGAAGGGAUUGAGCUGAAGGAGGAGUGCGGGGAGGGGGAGGGUCCCUAUCUGUCAGAGGUCGAGCGGGCAGCCAGCGAGAGUGAAGAUGGUUACGGCCCACCGUCCCAGCGCUACACAGCUGAUUCACUGGCCAGCAGCCCGGCCUCUUCUUCCCAGCUAUCCACAUGUGGUGAGGACCAGGAGGCAGUCCAGGCCCAGAAGAUCUGGAAGAAAGCCAUUAUGCUGGUGUGGAGAGCCGCGGCAAACCACAGGUAUGCCAGUGUGUUCCUGCAGCCUGUGUCAGAUGACAUCGCUCCUGGUUACCACAGUAUUGUGCAUAGACCAAUGGAUUUGUCGGCCAUUAAGAAAAACAUCGAGUCCGGUGUGAUCCGUACAACGGCUGAGUUCCAGCGCGACAUCAUGCUGAUGUUUCAGAAUGCCGUCAUGUACAACUCGUCGGACCACGACGUGUAUCACAUGGCGCUAGAGAUGCAGCGUGACGUGCUGGAGCACGUCCAGCAGUUCCUGGCCACCCAGCUCAUCAUGCAGACCUCAGAGAGCGCCAUCUCCGCCAAGAGCCUCCGGGGCAGGGAGGGAAAUCGCAAACCAGGAGAGCCAGCUGAGAAGGACGGAGGCACCAGGGGUCGCCGUAGUGCCAUGGAAGCCGAUCUGAAAAUGAAGAAAUAGACUGAGAUUUCAGAGAAUGAGACAUUUUGAGAGAGCGCUCGGGGGGUCAGAGGAGAUGGAGCUGAAUAUCUACUGGUCACCCUGGUUGUUUUCUGAAGAUGACUUGUGCAGUCUAUGUGUGCCUGGUUUAUGUGUGUAUGUACAUGCACACACUUAUUCAUCUGUGAUUUAGCGUAGAUGUGAAUGGGUUUGUCUGUCUGUGUGUGUGUGUGUGAGAGAGAGAGAGAGAGAGAUGCAUCAAACUUAGUCUUGUGUCUUGUCCAGUUCAUACGAUUGGUUACUGUGCAGCACCACAGGUUGGGGCUUCACUGUGGGCCAGAAAGCUAGAGCACCAAUGUCCCCAAGUGUCAUUUCACCAGCAAAGGUUGGAGGUUAAUUAUUUUCCUCUGCAGACGAGAGACAACAAAGAGAACGAAAACAUCACCAGUUUGUUUAGGAUCAAAUAAUCACGGGCAGGAUGAGUCCUACUCAGAUUCACAGAUGCAUUCAUGGCUGCUGCAUUUGUGAAGAAACCAUGAUACUGACACUGUCAUUUUGAUUCCUGUUAUACGUUGACUCUGAGAUUCACAUAACAGUUAUUAAAUCUAAACAACCUUUUUUUUUUGAUAAAUGUAAGAAAAGAUGAGUGUCUUCAUUAAGAAAAGCUGAUGACGUCGCCAGACCUGGUGGCUUUACUCUGCUUUGCUUAGUGAUGUGUGAGAACGCCCCUCUGUGUCCAUGUUUCAUCCCACUGACUGCAAACUGUGUCUACAUUUAGGCUGUUUUCCAAUGCAAACGUUUUUGGAUUUACUAUCUACCUUCAAGCAGCUCUGAGCUUCCAUCAUGUUCAUGAAAAUCUAAAGUUCAAAUUCAACACAAAGAAACCAGCUAAGAUGUGAAUGUUGCCUGAAAGUUGUAAUCCUGCAGACAGUGUGGUGCCUUUUCUAGUGUGGUACUUGCUGCCAAUUUGUUGUUGCGUUCUUGCAUGCUCAGUCAUCUGAAAACUGGCAAAGUAUGUUGUCCAAGUCCAGAAUACAAGCUAGCUAUCAUGGAAUUGCUGAAACGCACAAUGGGUUGUUUAGUUGUUCUAGUUUCUUUCUUACUUUCUUGUAAUUUAUGCUGAUCAGGAGCAGAUCUUUAUAUGCCAGAUGUUGGAGUGUACUUGAAAACACCAACAGCGUUAACAGCAAGAUAGUUCCUGCUUGGAGAUGCACUACCAUGUAGUAAAAAUACAACUUGAUGAAUUCCCACAGCCUCAGAUAAAUGUCACAGCUCUUUUUUAUGUUGUAGUCAAAUGAAAGGAAGCCAGUAGCUGCUGUUGAAAGAAAAUCAAUCCAAAAACUAGACAGUAUAUUCUUUGGAAAACGGUCUGCACUAAAAAGUUUGUCAGUGGGCUGAAACAUGAUUGUUGAUGCAUUGCCACUCGUUUCCUAGGAUGUAGCCAGUGUGCGCUAUGCAGGUAGCUUCAGAAACACCUUUGUGUAAUGUGUGUUAGAUGGGAGUACAAACACAAGUUUUGUACCUGUGAGAUGGAUCAUGUAUUGUGUUUGGGUAGCUGGUAAUAUGUUAUCACGUGUUCUGUUGUACAUUUGUUAAAUAAAAAGAUUAUUUGGUCUAAAACUAAAAA